AUGAAACCUUCUUCUCACAAGUGUUUCUCUUCCCAAUUUUUGGCUCUCUUCUUCACACUUGCAUUAGCUACACUAGUUCUUGUUUCUUGUUGGACUCAUUCUCCAUAUUUCUCAUCAUUUCUUGCUUCAACACAAGAAGAUGAAGUUCCAUCAUCGACUGCAUUUUCAUUACAAACCUUUGCUUCAUAUGGUUCUCAUGAUGAUGAAAAGCUUGACAUAAACUUUAAGCAUAAAGGUACAAACAAAGAGAACCUUAGAGAUCAUAAACACAGCAACUUGGAAAGAAUUGAAUCAAAAUUGGCCAAAGCAAGAUAUUCCAUCAAACAAGCUAGCAAAAUUCAAAAUUUGACAUCAAUUCACCAAGAUCAAGAAUAUGUUCCUCAUGGCCCGAUUUACAGAAACGCCAACGCUUUUCAUAGGAGUUACCGAGAGAUGGAAAAGGUGUUCAAGAUUUUCGUGUACGAGGAAGGAGAGCCACCGAUGUUUCACCAUGGUCUAAGCAAAGACAUAUACUCAUCCGAAGGAAUAUUCAUAAACGAAAUGGAAAAGGGAAGAUACUACAGAACAUAUGAUCCAAAUGAAGCUUUUGUGUAUUUUCUACCUUUCAGUGUGGUUAUGAUGAUUGAGUAUCUCUACGUGCGAGGCACCUAUGAUCGAACUCCGUUUGGUCUGUGUGUAAAAGACUAUAUACAGAUUAUAUCUCAUAAAUAUCCAUUCUGGAACCAAUCUCAAGGCCAUGAUCAUUUCAUGCUUUCUUGCCAUGAUUGGGGACCAAGUGUAACCGCUUUCGUUGAUAACUUGUUCAACAAGUCAAUAAGGGUGCUCUGCAAUGCUAAUACAUCAGAAGGAUUCAAACCAGAAAAAGAUGUACCAUUCCCUGAAAUGAAUCUCAGGACAGGACAUCUCACAAAUCUAGUAGUACAGGGGUACUCUCCAUCUCAUAGGACAAUCCUUGCUUUCUUUGCAGGUCAUUUGCAUGGUAACAUAAGAUACUUGCUACUCAAUACAUGGAAAAACAAAGACGAAGAUGUUCAAGUUUUCGAUGAACUUCCUGACGAAGAAUCUUAUCAAACUAAGCUUAGAAGCAGCAGGUUUUGUUUGUGUCCAAGUGGUUAUGAGGUGGCUAGUCCGAGAAUUGUGGAAGCUAUAUUUGCAGAAUGUGUGCCUGUGUUGAUUUCUAAUAGCUAUGUUCUGCCUUUUAGUGAUGUUUUGAAUUGGAAAUCAUUUUCGGUUCAAAUAGAUGUGAAGGAAAUUCCUAAUAUUAAGAAGAUACUCAUGGGAAUUUCGCAGAGAAGGUACUUGAUGAUGCAGAGGAGAGUAAAACAAGUGCAAAGGCAUUUUGUUCCUAAUGAGCCACCAAAAAGGUUCGAUAUUUUUCAUAUGACUAUUCAUUCUAUUUGGCUUAGAAGGUUGAACAUCCGUAUUCAUGAUGACGACAAGUGAUGUUAAAUCUUCAAGACAUUGACACGAUACUGACACUUGUGAUUACGUUCGAUAUAUUCAUUUUCUAAGUAGUUUUUCUCAUUGUGAAACAAAUAAUACAAAAGCGCGAUCACACAUAUAUAUAGAAAACUGAUAUGGA